GAUGGGCAGCAGAAGCAGCAGCUGGAGCAAAACUGCCAGCAGAACGGGUUUUCUUCUUACCGUGUUUAGGGAAGCCUAGCUGGUAUCUCACCGAACAGAGGAACCGAGCUGGGAUAACGCAGGAUCCUGUACUCCAGGUUUCCAAAUGGCGGAUCCUUUCCUAUAUAACACUGGAGAAAGAUCUGGAUAUGGAUGCCUUGGACACGAAGUACAAGUUGAGCACAUCAAGGCAUAUGUCUGUAGACCAUCUUUUUUCACAGACAAAGCCGUGAUUGUGAUUCAUGAUAUAUUUGGAUGGCAGUUCCCAGACAUUAGAUAUAUAGUUGAUUUGAUUGCAGGUCAUGGAUACAUAACCAUCUGCCCAGACUUUUUCAAGGGGAAAGACCCCUGGAAAACUACUGAUCACUGGCAUGACUUUGCUGACUGGAUGAAAGAACAUGAUCCUGUGAAAGUAGAUAGGGAAGCUGAUGUUGUCUUGAAGUAUCUAAAGGAACAAUGCGGUGCAAAGAAGAUUGGUAUCGUUGGGUUUUCCUGGGGUGGAAUGGCAGUACACCACUUGAUGCUGAGAAAUCCUCAAUUAGACGCUGGGGUGUCCCUCUAUGGAAUAAUUAGGGACUCUGAAGAAAGAUACAACUUACUAAAUCCCACAUUUUUCAUUUUUGGUGAGAAAGACCACACUAUUUCUCAUGACCAGAUUACCUUACUGGAGGAGAAGUUGAAACAGUACUGUAAAGUUGCAUAUAAAAUUAAAGUUUAUCCUGGACAGGUUCAUGGGUUUGCACAACUGAAGCCAGAAGACAUGAAACCUGAUGAUAAACCUUACAUUGAAGAAGCUAGAAAGGAUAUGAUUGACUGGAUCAAAAUGUUUAUUUGACAAAAACCAUGAAGUAAUACUAGGCCUCAAGAUUAGAGUUCAAUUUAAAUUAUAGAGAAGAAAUCAGUCAGUUGGAAGAUAUUUUAUUUUGAAAACUAGGAACAUUUUAACUUAUAGUUCUUUAUUUUUUACAAGACUCACAGAAGAUUGUGAGCUCAAAGUUGGACUAAAGGACUUUUAGACAUUAAAAAGUUGCUUGAAUUUA